AUGGAGAAUUAAGAAUCCUAAUAGGAAUAACUUUUUUUGAACAGAUACCGAUUAGGUAGAAAUAUUGGAUAAGGCAGUUAAGGUCAAGUAAAACUUGCUCUUGAUACUUAAACUGGUUUAAAGGUUGCUAUUAAAAUUUUUAAACACAGAAAGAUGAAUAACAUGGAUUUUUUGUAUUUAUAAAGAGAAGUCAACAUACUUUCAUAACUACAAGGCCAUAGAGCUUUUCUUAAAUUAAUUGAUUUUGCUUAUAAUAUAAUUUAUGUCAAUGGUCAUGGCUAAAAAGAAGUCAUAUCUGUCAUAAUUAUGGAAUAUGCUAAUAAUGGAUGCUUAUUUGAUCUUGUUUCAUUUUUCUAAGAAAAAUACAGCGAAAAUGUGAUUAAAGUAAUUGCUUUGUAAUUAAUAGACGCUAUAGAACAUAUGUAAAAGUAUAAAAUUAGUCACAGAGAUCUGAAAUUAGAAAACAUAGUUAUAGACGCAAAUUACAAUUUAAAGAUUAUUGAUUUUGGUCUCUCGAUUUAGGAGACUUAAGACUGUAAACCUAAAUCAAACGUUGGAACAACACCAUAUGCACCCCCAGAAAGAUUUUUAGGAAAAGAAUAUAGUGGAUAAAAAUUUGAUAUCUUCUCAUUAGGAGUCUUACUAUUUGUACUUAGAUUUAAUUAAUAUCCUUUUACACACAGUAAUCCUGAAAAUUCUUAGGAAAGUGGAAGCUUCUUUCUUUUUUCCGAAAAUAGAUAAUAAUUUUGGGAGCUCAUUAUCUCAAACGAAAGACCAGAAGAAUUAAGCUUUUUGGAUAUGCUGAACUGGAUGUUAUAGUAGGAUCCUCAAAAUAGGCCUUCUAUUGAAGAACUCCGCUUGCAUCCAUUUUUAUUCAAUAAUAACUCAUGCGAUAACAAAAUUGAAAAAUUUUUGUAAAUGAGAAAAGAAAUUAUGAAUGAAAUGAUGAAGAAAUAGAAAGUUCAGAAAAAUGAAAUUUAGUUACAAUAAUAACAAAAGGAAAAACAUCAAAGAUGUACUGAAUAAAAUUAAAAAUCUAAUGAAUAAAAUUAGUCCAAUCAAUCUAUAUCAAAUGAAUCCUCAGUUGCUAAUUAAUAACCUCUUAUUAGUUAAAUUAUUGAAAAACAUAAAAAUUAAUAAUUUCCUUUAUAGUUUUACUCUAAGUAAUGCUAAAUGUAGAUUUCUGAUUAAAAGCAAGAAAGUUUACAAUAAAAAAUUAUUAGUAACAAAAUUAAUCCAAUAAAACUUGAUAAAUAACACAAUCCCUUGGCAUAUUAACAAAAAAUGGUAGGCUAAUUGAUACAAUAGCCAUAAGUUAGUUUUUUACUCAAAACUUCUAUUUUUGAUAUGAAACACUUAUAACUAUUAAAAUAGCAAAAGACUUAAAAAAAUAUUUCAGACCUAACAAAAUAACAUUUUAAAAAACAUUUCAAUAAACAAAACAGCUUAAAUCAAGGAAUUAAGCAGCAAAAUCGUAAUAAAAUCAUUUUAACAAAUUCUUUAAUAAAUAAAUAACAACUAUUAAUAAUUCAUAACGAAAAAUAUUUAUCCUUCAAAAAAUUAUUUUUGAGAUAAUAUACUUACGAAUUGUCAAAGCUGUUAGGAAUAGAAAAAUAACACACAAACUAAAAUAAAGAAAUUUCUAAACAAAUAAAUCAAAUGAUUUAAUUUCACUUUUUAACCAAAAUCUAGUAAUAUCUCAUAAUAUUUUUAUUUUAAUUAAAUAAAUUAUAUAUCAAAUUUAACCAAAUUCUUUCAGUCCUAAUCAUUUAAACCAUAUAAACAAUUAAUAACAAAAAUACAGAAUAAAGAUUUACUCACUAAAAUAAUUAAUUUGAAAUCUUAUUCUGA